AAAAAUGUAUUAUGCAAAAAAAGAGGUUAUAUAAAAUAAUUACAGACAUUAUGCCCAAAUUUCAGAUAUACCAAAUGAUUUAUAAACGUUAUAAGCAAACUAUAAUUGAUUUUCAAGGAGGAAUAUUAGCGUCCUACAAAAUGACCAAAAAAGUAUUUGGCUAGAAAAUGGAAUAAGGAUCCGACGCCCACGCAGGUUACAGCCCUGACAACGUAUGUAUGAUAUCCGCCGACAAUGCUGUUUCGUGUGCGCAAACAGGCAAGUCGUACGGCGCGCGCGCACGUUUAGUUCGACGCGUUUGCGUUAAACUUUGUCUAGACUUCUCAUCGAUUGGUUUUUAGAGUACCCGAAGUAUAUUCAAAAAAAUCACUUCCGUGCUUCAAUAUAGAGUAGUAGUAAUGUAUUAGUAGAAGAGGACUGGCCGCGUGUCACACCUUAUAUCGUCCAUGUUUCUUCACCAGUCUAACAUAAGUACGAUCGUUGAUUCUCACCUUUGCACACGCAAAUCAACCCACCCGCAAAAUCAUCGAACAACGGCAGCCAUCUUUGCUGGCUCCAAAACGGGCUGUGGUUUGUGACAGAGAAGACGGUAGUGGUUCUUGAUGCGGUUCACGCGACCAUCUCGUCGCCUAUGCACCCUACGAGAGAUCGGAAAUCAUUUUUAAGUGUGACUAAUCAGAAUAACUAAGGAACUCGUGUCACGAAUUCGAGCUACCGAAAUAUGGCAAUGGAGACGCCGAGGGAGCGUGAGAUUGCCGCGGAGGACAGUAUCAAGGUAGUCUGCAGAUUUCGACCUUUGAACGACUCCGAGGAGAAGGCUGGCUCGAAAUUCAUCGUAAAAUUCCCAUCCGGCGGCGAGGAUAACUGCAUCUCUAUAGGGGGAAAAGUAUAUCUUUUUGAUAAAGUAUUUAAGCCAAAUGCUACUCAAGACAAAGUUUACAAUGAAGCAGCUAGAUCAAUUGUCACAGAUGUGUUGGCAGGCUACAAUGGCACUAUUUUUGCAUAUGGACAAACAUCUUCAGGAAAAACGCACACUAUGGAAGGUGUUAUUGGAGACCCAAAUAAACAGGGUAUUAUUCCCAGAAUCGUUAAUGACAUUUUCAAUCAUAUUUAUGGCAUGGAAGAGAAUUUGGAAUUUCAUAUCAAAGUAUCAUACUUUGAAAUCUAUAUGGAUAAGAUUAGAGAUCUUCUUGAUGUGUCCAAGGUGAAUCUAAGUGUGCAUGAAGAUAAAAAUCGAGUACCAUUUGUAAAAGGUGCAACAGAACGCUUUGUAUCUAGUCCUGAAGAAGUGUUUGAAGUGAUAGAAGAAGGAAAAUCAAAUAGGCACAUUGCUGUAACUAACAUGAAUGAGCACAGCUCACGUUCUCAUUCUGUAUUCUUAAUAAAUGUGAAACAAGAAAACUUAGAAAACCAGAAGAAGCUGUCAGGAAAAUUAUAUCUUGUUGAUUUAGCUGGUUCAGAAAAGGUUUCAAAAACUGGAGCAGAAGGCACUGUACUGGACGAAGCAAAAAAUAUUAAUAAAUCCCUAUCAGCCCUUGGAAACGUAAUUUCAGCUUUAGCUGAUGGAAAUAAAACUCACAUUCCUUACCGUGACUCAAAGUUGACUAGAAUUUUGCAAGAAUCUCUUGGUGGCAAUGCUAGAACUACGAUUAUUAUUUGUUGUUCACCAGCUAGUUUCAAUGAAUCAGAAACAAAGUCGACUUUAGAUUUUGGUAAAAGAGCUAAGACUAUAAAGAAUGUUGUAUGCGUUAAUGAGGAAUUAACGGCUGAAGAAUGGAAGCGUCGCUAUGAGAGGGAGAAAGAGAAGGCAGCUAGAUUGAAAGGAAAAGUUGAAAAAUUGGAAGCUGAAUUAUCUCGUUGGCGACAGGGUGAAACAGUUAAACUCGAAGAACAAUUUAAUUUGGUUGAAGCAUCAGAUGUUACAACUCCAAUUAAUAUGUCCAUUGAGGGUAAACUUGACGAUGGUCCAAUGCCGGCCACUCCUGGUGGUAAUUUGAUGGCUGGAUCUUUAUCUAAUGAAGAACGGCAGAAACUAGAAGAAGAACGUGAAAGACUUUACCAGCAAUUGGAUGAUAAGGAUGAAGAGAUUAAUCAACAAUCGCAAUAUGUUGAAAACUUGAAAGAACAAAUUCAUGAACAAGCAGAAUUAAUUGCAACUGCAAGGCGUGAAUACGAGAAACUUCAACAGGAGGUGAACCGAACACAGCAAGAACAUGAACGGGCUAAGGAAGAAGUAAAAGAAGUUUUACAAGCAUUGGAAGAGUUAGCAGUUAAUUAUGAUCAAAAAUGUCAAGAGUGUGAUAUUAAAAAGAAAGAAACAGAAACUUUGACAGAAGAACUUUUAGCAAAACAAACAACACUGAACAGUACUGCUUCAGAAUUACAACAGUUGAGAGAUAUGUCUGCACAUCAAAGGAAACGUAUUGCAGAAAUGUUAGCAAACUUCUUGAAAGAUUUAGGUGAAAUUGGAGUGGCUAUUGGUGGCGAUGAAAAUCUAAAGGUUGUACCUACAGAAAGCAAUGGUAAACUUGAAGAGGAAUUCACAGUGGCAAGGCUAUUCAUUAGCAAAAUGAAAUCAGAGGUGAAGAAUUUAGUACAACGAUGCCAAGGAUUAGAAAGUUCCCAAGUAGACUGUAACAAGAAAGUUGCUGAAUAUGAAAAAGAUCUGGCUGAAUGUCGUUUAUUAAUUUCUCAACAUGAAGCUCGUAUGCAAACAUUAACGGAAUCAAUGAAAGUGGCGGAAGCACGUAAACGUGCUUUGGAAGAAGAUGUUGAUGCUUUACGCGAAGAAUGUGCCAAGUUGAAGGCUGCAGAACAAGUACAAGCGGUUACAAAUAAAGAAAAAGCAGAAGAAAAGGAAGCAGCAACAAAGAUGAGAGUAGCAUUAGAAGAACAAAUGGAUCAAUUGCGAGAUGCUCAUCAGAAACAAGUCGCAGCGCUUAGAGAUGAACUGUCUGAGAAACAAGAAUUGAUUAGUGAACUUAAAGAUUUGAACCAGAAAUUCACAUUAGCUCAUCAGCAAAUGCAAGCCGAUUAUGAGCGAUUGAAACAAGAAGAAGCGAACAAAUCUGUAAAAUUGCAAGAAUUAAUUUUACUUAAUGAACGCCGUGAACAAGCUCGAAAAGAUCUUAAAGGUCUGGAGGAAACAGUAGCCAAAGAACUUCAAACACUGCACAAUCUGCGCAAAUUAUUUGUUCAAGACCUUCAGACUAGAAUAAAGAAAACUAUGAUCGCAGAAGAUAACGAAGACGAUGGUGGAUCACUUACACAGAAACAGAAGAUUUCCUUCCUUGAGAAUAAUUUAGAUCAGCUUACGAAAGUUCAUAAACAGCUUGUGAGGGAUAACGCUGAUCUUCGAUGUGAAUUACCCAAACUUGAAAAGAGAUUGCGAGCUACGAUGGAGCGUGUAAAAGCUCUGGAAACAGCAUUGCGAGAUGCCAAAGAAGGUGCAAUGCGAGAUCGUAAACGUUAUCAAUAUGAGGUAGAUAGAAUCAAGGAAGCGGUUAGACAGAAGAAUCUGGCUCGUCGUGGACCUAGCGCGCAAAUUGCUAAGCCAAUUAGAGCUGGUCAACACCAUUUAACCAAUGUUAAUGCUAUUAGAACAGGAAAUCGUGAUAUGGGUAACAGCGUACAGUGAUCGUGAGCAUAAUGCCAAACCCUUCACUUUUACAGAAAACGAAUGCAAGAACGCUUUCAUCAAUGAAAGCAAUAGAGUUCCAGAGACUCUAAUUUGUAGUGGAUACCCAUAAAUGUUACAACUAUAUAGUAAGGGUAAUAGACGUAAUAUAUCCGCAAGGAGCACCGCCAGUUCUUUUUAUUUGUCUCGAAACAAGCAUGUGCUUAUUAAUGCAAAUAAGUGCAUUAAGUUAUAAAAUUAGUGCUGCAUGUCCUAUCGAUUUGUAAAUAGUUAAUUUUUAUAAAUUAUUUAACUUAAUAUCAUGCACGAUAAAUAAAGGUGAAUGUCUAUCAAAUAAUCAUGCAAAGGCCUCUUAUGAAGAAUGUUUCAAUAUUUAUUUCUAUCAAAAUUUUGUAUACUAUAUCCUAUGUCUUUAAAAAGACAAAUGAAUUCCAUUAUCAUAGAAUAGAAAAUAAAUUCCUGAAAGUGACACUAAUGCAAUUUGACUGUCUACAGUAGUUUUAAUUAAUCUGCUAUCGACAUUGAAGUUUCCCGACAAAUGAGGCAGAACUAUUUAAGAUUUGGUAGGUAUCGCUGACAUGAAAUGCGAUUGGACAUGCGGCUUUGAAAAAAACUGUAGGAAUGAUCGUGGCUUAUAAGUAUUUAUAAUUGUAAGAAUUCUCUCCAUUGCUAUUAAUACACUCGUGACAACAGAUUUUUCGGACCAGAGAGCUCGCUUAACCGAGAGUGUUAAGUUUGUUGGCUAUUCUAAAUAUUAUUGAGGUCCAAGAACCAAUGGCUUUAUGAACAUUUUCGACAGAAGAAUUUCAUCGCUAUCCUCGUUCACAUUUAUUUUAUUAUAGUACAGUUUUCAUUGCAUGAAUCUUUAUAUACUCAUCUAAUUUAAAUUAAUUUAUUAUCGCUUAUUCUUGUUUAUAUCAGAGGCUUUUAUACUACAUUUAAAGUUCUGUAGACCAAUGAAAUUUGGCCUAUAGGGUAAAUCUUUUGUCUUAGAUAUACGUGUUAGUUUACGUUUCUUCAUGUUGAGCUUAUGCUCGGAAGUUACCUAGAUGUAUGUAUACUGUACGUCUAAUAGUGAGCUUUUGCACAGGUCUGCUUAAGUUCCUAAAACCUGUUGCAGGCCGCCGAAAAUUCGCUCACACAUGUAUCUCUUUAUUUUUCUGUGUAACAAUUGAACGUAACUUUAUACACAUGCAUUUUUUAGAAAACUCUAUUCUUUAAUCAUAUUUGUCGAUAAUUAAUGCUUUUCAAUGUGUACUUUUUAUGUAUUUCUUUUGUAAUUGUUUUAUUUAUGGUUCUGAUAAAAAUGUACGAGCCACACGUACUUGAUGUAUUGUCCGGAGCAGGAGAAUUCUAAACAAUAUUAAUUUAAGAUAGGUUUCUGUAAACUGUGCGCGAUUAAAUAUUUGUUUGUGAUACGUUGGAAUCUUAUUACGCAUAGAUUCCUUAUGGUAUGUAGGCAAAAAAGAUUAACAUUUUCUUUAUGAAUCAUUGUCUCUCGUUGUUGUAGACAACAACGAAAGAAAUCAUGUUUCCAUGUGAGAUCAUUUUUGUCAUCUUCCGUUUUUUAACUUUUGUGAUAUCGAGGGUGAAAUUGUGUUUGCUAAUAUGCAAAGACAAGUGCGUGGUGCAUAAUGAGUGCAAUUAUUAUUGAAAUAUUUUUGUCAAAUGUAUGUAAAUAUAAUCGUACACUAUUACAUUUAUUUGGCAAAUUAACAAAACAAUUUUUGCAAAUUGCCCUACGCAUAAAAGGCUACAAGUAUAUAUAUUUAAUGCAAAAUACACUUAAUAUUACUGUUUCAAAGCCUUAACGAUUAUCGAAAUAUUGUCAUACGAUAAUGUAUUUUUCAUUCUACUGUUCAACUAAGGUAUUAAUGUGUUCGCUGAAUUUUUGAUCAUGAUUCAAUUUCUUUCUUAAGCUAGUGAAUCGUGAAAUAAAAUAUCAGCUUAGCCAGCUCUUUGAUUGUGAGUUUCGGGCAUCGACCACUUUUUCCUUAUUAAAUAACAUUUAUUUUUAUAGAGUAUUGUAAAGGCAUUAUUGAUUUUUCAACAUGAAGGAAGAAAUUGGACGGUACUUAUCGAAUAAAUCUUCGUUAUGAUUAAAAAGUGAUGAAACACGAUGAUGACUAAUCGAGUACUGUUACAUAAUAGCAUAAUGUAAAUUAUCCACGUAAUUUUCGAAUUGACAUACGUGUUUAUGUUCUUUUUUUACAUUGUAAUUCGUAUGAUUCGUUCGUAUAAUUAAAACGGGCAAUGGAGCUUGAAAAAAUUUGAUGAAUUUUAUUGUACAAAAAACAAACUCCUCCAAAAUCCAUAUGCUUGUCGGAAAAAAUCCUUUUAAUCGGAAAUCUCCGAUGUAUGUGUGGGAGAAAAUAGAAAAAAUCAGAGUUAUUAUUAUUUUCAUAAUACAUCAAACAUGUUUAAAAUUAUAGUAAAGAAAAGAAGAGAAGUAGUUAAACUUAUAAUGAUACAUUCACGCUGGAAAACAAGGAUCACUGUUAAUGAGGAGGUCUAUAACCGCUACCGUUUUUUUGUAAACUGUACGAAGUAUGCGAAUGUGAAGGAAAUAAAUAAGUUGACAGAUGUAGAUAUUCGUUUCAUUGUUUUAGAAACAUACCGAAAAAUGUACAGAAAAAGUGCGACAAAACUCAUGUAGUUGUAUCACCUGCUUUGCUACACUAUGCUUUAUUCGAAAAAUUAUUAUAUGUUCCAUACGUGCGCUUAUUUAAUUAAUCUCUACAUCAUAACAAAAUUACCUGCGUUUUAAAAUAAAAAAAAGAUCUAUAAUUGAUACUCGAUGGUGCAUAGCGAAACCUAUAAGUAUCGAAGUAGGUUUACUAUAUAAAAUAGAAUAAUAAAAAAGAAUAAUAAAUUCUUUUUUCAUUGCA